CGGUAUUACGAAAACCGUAAUAAAUGAGAUUAAUGGUGAAUUGAAUUGACGAUGAAUUUAAAUAUUAUUUAUUUUUUUACUAGGACAAAUUUUUCGUUACAAUGAAAGCACGCAAAUGAUGAUAAAUUCAAAAGUAAUUUUGAAUUCGAAUCCGUGACGAAACUUACUGGAGCAUUGACAAUAAAUCACGUGCACGCGAUUUAAGUAUCAUAUAUAAAGUAUAAAAGCAAAUGAAAUUUUGAAGACGAACCACAGUGCGUUAUUUAUUUUCGCGAGUUUUUUUUGUUUCUUUUCCAUACAAUGGACAUAAAUUUUAUUUUAUAUUUUUUGGAGAAUGAUCGAUAUCUGUAAAAUUAUUUCUAUUAAAAUCAUAUUUUGGACAAUUGUACUAAUGGAUUAUAGGAUUGAGAAGAUUUUCGGAAAAACGCCACCCAAUUUAUAUUUGUCGGAUUUGUCGAAAAAUACGAGAUUACAUCCAAUUAACACGCCAAUUGUUCCAAAUUGCAAUAAUCCAAAUUUUCUCAAUCAGCCGUAUCUUUGUAAAUUAGUAAAUCGAUUUAAAAAUAUUUCUCCAAUUACAAACAGUCCUAUUUUAUCGUCAGAUUAUUUAAUUAAUAAACCAACAAAUCGACAAGCAAGAAGUUAUUAUGGUUCAUAUGGACAUGGAGCACCUGCAGCUCCAGCUUUUUAUCCUUCAACUUUUUUCAGAACUUUUGAUCCAAUUAGCGUGCUCGCCUCACUUGCAUUCUUAGCUUUUUUAUUGCAAUCAUUUGCUUCAUUAUUCGACAGAUCAAGAUCAAUUAUUCCAACAAUUGUCAGCAGCAGAAGACAAUCAUCAGCAGAAGUUGAUAAGGACGUUGAGGAACGUGUAAUGCGAGCACUUAAUGAAUAUUCAGCAUUGGAAAAUAAUUUACUUGAUGGAAGAGAAGAAACAACAACGAAAAAGCAAUAAAGCAAAUUUUCGAAAUUAUAAUCAAACAACUGAAAAUUAUUUACAUUCUAAGAAAAUUGUAACAUCGAAUUUUAAAUUAUUUUAAAUAUUAUAAUAAUUAUGUUAAUAAUAUGUAAAAUAUAUACUAAAAUGUAUAAUAAUACAAUAGUAUAUAAUGGAAUAAAACAUUAUUGUAAGUAUAAAUAUUUUAUUAAUGUACUAAAAAUAUUAUUACAAAACAUUAAUAUCAAAUUAUUGCUUAUUUUACGCUUAAUAUGAACGCCUAAAAUUAAUUAUCAUGCGAUCGUAAUAUAUAUUUUCUUUUAUUUAUAAGCGUAAUAUUUGCAAUUUAUUAAAUUUUUUUAAAAAAAUACUGGAAUAAAAUUCAAACAACUCAUUAAGUGAGAGUGUCAGUAAAUUGCAGUGAAAAACAUUAAUCACCGGACAUCGAUUUCAAAUCAAUGUAUUUCAACUUACGAUAAAUUAUUAUUAUUUCACAUUUUUUUUUUUUAGAUAUAAAAUAACAAUAAUAAUUAUUAUUUAAAAAUUCAAAGACAAUCAAAUUUUUUCAGUCAAUUCGUGCGUUUCAAUUCAAUUUCUGAAUAAAUAUAUGAUGUUAAGUUGUGAUAUAAAACUAAAAUAAAAAAAAAAAAAACUAGAAAUCGUUACAUAAAAAAUAUAAUAAAAAUUUUUCUAAAUAUUUUUUCUUCGUCAUUAUUUUAGAAAAAUAUUUGUGCUGUCUCUCGUGAUUGCUUUCUAAAAAAAAAAAGUAAAAUAAAACU